AUGUCCAGCAUCUCCAAUAAUGCUCUGCAUGAAACCCUUGCUAAGCUUGCACAUCUCGAUCUAUCGGGCCGCGUCCAAUGCGAUGACGUUGUCAUGAACGCUGCUGGUGGAUACUGCGAUAUUUUCGUUGGGUCCGCGGUUCUUGCUUCCAGGGAGAACUUCAGGGAGGGAACCAGAAUGAAAGUUGCAAUCAAGCGACUUCGUGUACAUAUUUGGAAAGAUCGAGAUUUUGAAAAAAUACUGGGAUUUGCCAACGGUCUUGACUACUUGCACAGAGAAGACAUAGUGCAUUCGGACCUCAAAGCAGACAACGUUCUCAUCAAUCAAUUUGGAACUCCUCUCAUCUGCGACUUUGGUAUAUCCAGAAUGCUGUCCGCUACAGCAUCAGUCGCUGCAAUAACUUCUGGCGGGCUCAAAGGAUCGAUAAGAUGGAUGGCAUACGAACUUCUUGAUUUUGAAUCAUUGGAUGGCGGACACCAUACAAAAGAAUCAGACGUCUGGGCCUUUGGCAUGACUGUUUAUGAAACCCUUACGAAGAAUUUACCCUAUGCAGACCUGAAGAAUGACGCACUUGUUCUGCGUGCGAUUUUGGAAGGCAGAUUGCCGCCAGUGCCCGCAGACUUCGAUUCCUGGAGACCAAACCUUCAAACGGUUUGGAAAAUAUGUCAGAAAUGCUGGAUAUUGCCUGAAAAGGAUUGUAUUACUGUGGAACAAGUUGUGAUUCAUCUUGCUGGGGUGGGUGACGGCUGGGCAGAGACGUGUAAUGAUACAGCCUUACUCAGCCUAAUUAAUUUAUACUCUACACCAGAGCCAACUUUAGAGCUGCCAUUUCAGUAUGCACCUGUCACCUAUAGUUGCCGUGGUCCGGUUCUGGACCGGUCCACCCCUCCUUUACCUGGACUGUAA